AUGAGAUCCAUAUUCAUAUUCACUUUUCUUUGCCUGAUAUACCACGUUCUUCUGGGCUCUGCGGUGCCCCUAUUCGAACGCGAUGACGAAGUUUCGCCGUCGCUCGUACAAACUGAUUAUUUCAAACCUUUUCUGCCGUUGCCGGAAACUCCAACAAAUGUAGUUCGCAAUUACACCUUCGAAUUAAAGAAAGUCCCAUUGGCAAUUGACGGGUAUUCCCGCCUGGUAUGGGCUGUUAAUGGACAAUAUCCGGGACCUAUGAUCCGCGCGAAUAAAGGCGAUACGUUCAAUGUCACAGUGAUCAAUAAAUUCGGCUCACCAGCUACAAUUCACUGGCAUGGCAUCGAUCAAAAAGGUUCCAAUUGGUAUGAUGGAGUUCCCGGGACCACACAGUGUCCGAUUCCAAACGGAGUGACCUUCUCAUACGUAUUCAAUCUUACCCAAUCGGGAACUUAUUGGUAUCACUCUCACUUCGUUGCUCAAUAUGUUGACGGCUUAAAGGGACUUAUCGUCAUCCAUGAUCCGGAGGAUCCGUAUAAGAAGGAAUACGAUUACGAAUACGUGUUAGAGAUGUCCGACUGGUAUCAUAAGCCGACCGGCGAUUUUGUGCCAGAAUUUCGCAGUCCAAGUUACCAUGGGGGCGACCCGAUGCCUGAUUCUGGGCAAAUUACUGGUGUCGGGCAGUGGAACUGCACUAUUCCAGCAUGCACUCCCACGAAAUUCGCCACCUAUAAAGUCGAAAAGGGUAAAAAAUAUAGAUUUAGGAUCAUUAACACGAGUGCCAUGGCCCAUUUCACGGUUUCCAUUGAUAAUCACCCACUCAAGAUCAUUGAAGUCGAAGGAACGAUAAUCGAACCAGUCGUCGUUAAUGUGCUCUCGAUUAACAUUGCUGAACGGUAUUCUGUAAUCGUUGAGGCAAAUCAACCGGUCGGAAAUUACUGGAUUCGAGCAAACAUGUCGAAUUGCAGUUUACCGGGCAACGGUCCCGCAACUAUCAAUAACGAAACAACCGUAUUUACUAACUUGGACAUCACUGGUAUUCUGAGAUACGAAGGAGCACCGGACACUCUUCCCACUUCCGAGGCAUACCCCGCGAAUGUAUCCAAUUGCCAUGAUCAGGAUCCUACCACCUUAAAACCCAUUUCGCUAUCUCCAUCGGUACCAACAGGUGAUGCAACAAGAAUUCUUCUUGUAGUUGGCGUUCAACCCAGACCAGUGUUGCAAGCAACGAUCAAUAAUUCAUCGAUAGUUAUGGACUUCUCUUAUCCAUCCAAUAAAAAAGUUAUUGAUGGAGCCGGGUUCAUUACCUCCGAUAAUGCGUAUCCUUACGAUACUCCUGGUGGUGCGAUUGAGAUUAUCUUAAAUAAUACCGAACGCACAAGAACUCAUCCUUUCCAUUUGCACGGACACUCGUUCUGGGUAGUCUAUCAAGGUGAAGUGGGCAGUUGGAACCAAUCACUCGACUCUUUGAAAUACAACUUUGAUAAUCCGAUUUACCGUGAUAUAGUAACACUCAAUGAAGCGAGUUUGACAGCGAUUAGAUACUAUGCGGAUAAUCCGGGUGUCUGGUUGAUCCAUUGUCACAUCGAAUGGCACGUCGAAAUGGGAAUGGUUGCUCAACUAGUCGAGCUUCCUAGUUUGUUCAAACAAUCCACUAUUCCGAAUCAAGUCUUGGAGCUUUGCGAAGCAUACGAUAGCUCAAACUCGUAA